AUGAGCAGCAGGAAGGGGGGCCCAAAAGCUGCCUCGAAGAAGGGGCCGGCCGCGCCUGCCGGGCCCAGGCCCCGCCCCGCCGGGAGGCCAGGAGAGAGCAGCCAGCCCCAGAAGAAGGCAGGCCAGCAGGCGAGGGAGCCCGAGAGCCCCAAGGCUCCCGCAGGGCCCACAGCAGAGGACAGGGCGGCCACGGUCAUCCAGUGCGCCUUCCGGCAGCUCCUGGCCCGGAGGGCGCUGGGCCGCCGGCGGAAGGAGCGCCAGGAGUACCUGGAGGAGAUGGAGAAGCUGCAGAGGGAGGCCUUCCUGGCUAUGGUGCGCCGGGAGCAGGAGGCGGCGCGGCGGCAGCGCGAGCAGGAGGAGGCGGCGGAGCGCGCGCGGCGGGAGGAGCUGCAGCGCCGCCGCCGCCUGCUGGAGGCCGCCUUCGACGGCGACCUGAGCGAGAUCCAGGCGGUCCUGAAGGAGGUGGAGCAGCUGCUGACGCGGGAGGGCGUGGGCCACGACGAGGCGGGCCGGGCGCGGCGUCUGCUGCGGCGCGUGGCCCUGGUGGAGUGCGAGGACAGCCACGGGAACACGCCGCUGUCGGAGGCGGCCGCGGGCGGGCAGCCCCAGGCCAUCCAGCUGCUGGCGGAGCUGGGCGCCAGCCCCAACUCCAAGGGCGCCUUCGGCCGGUCCCCGCUCUACCGCGCGGCCUUUGGAGGCCACCUGGAAGCCGUCGAGGUGCUUCUGAAGCUCGGAGCGGACCCGCGGGUGUAUGCGGAGGACGGGAGCACCCCGGAACAGAGGGGCGACGGCUCCCACGGGGGCCUUGGGUGGGUGUUGUCUGAACCCCCUCCACCCUGGGCGCCGCUGGUUCCCACCCCGGGACCUGCCUCGGGGCCCAAUGGCCUUGCUCUGCCGGGGCGGGCCGUGGAGCUGGGGCCGGCCUCGAGGAACACCCGGGGCCACUGGGUGACCGAGAGCAGGGCCUGA